ACUCAAUGCUGAUCACAAUGCACAGUCAAGUAGUGAUUCUAAGCCUCAUCCUGUUUCUGACAGACGGCGCAGCCCCUUACGUCCAAGUGAACGGGGUGGCAGAUCGGGCGGUGACCCUGCCCUGCACAUACUCGGUGACAGGUGGCAGGGGAGUGACCACCACGUGCUGGGGCCGAGGCACUUGUCCUAGGUCCCAGUGCACAGAUCCCCUUAUCUGGACCAACGGGCACAGCGUCACCUACCAGCGGCAGCCGCGUUACAAGCUGAUGGGGCAGAUCGCGCAAGGGAACGUGUCUUUGACCAUAGAGGGUGUCACGCAGGCCGACAGUGGCCUGUACUGUUGCCGUGUGGAGAUUCCGGGCUGGUUCAAUGAUCAGAAAAUCACCCUGUCCCUCAACGUUCAGCCAGCUCCGUCCACAACUGUUGCAACAUCACCCAGUGUCUCUAUCACCACUGUGAUUCCAACAACAACACACGCACAGACCAGUGUCUCUACAACCACUAUGACUCCGUCAACAACAACACCACCACACGCACAGACCGGCAUCUCUAUCACGGCUGUGAUUCCAACAACAACACACGCACAGACCCACAAAGCAGUGGCAUCCGCUUCUCCCAUCGUUGCCACUCAAGAAGCGACUUCGCCUACUCCGACCUCGGCAGCAGGAACCCAACCUACCAAACUGCCGGGAACGAAGCCCCAGGCCACCAGCUCCCCGCUGUCCCCCUCUUGCUCUCCAGAUGGGAAUGACACCAUGACCCAGUCUUCAGAUGGAAGCCUUUGGUAUAAUAAUCAAACUCAGCCGUUGCCAGCACAAAGGCAGUGGAUAACCACCAUGAGCGGACUCGUGACUGGAAUUGUGAUUUCUUCCUUGCUGUUGCUCCUUCUGACCGCCCUGGUGAUGAAAACCCACUGA